GAUGUGGUGAAAAUGAAAAUAAAUAAAUUAAAUAAUAAAUCGGUUCGGGUAAAUGGGGUUGUCAUGAUUCGGUGAUAAUGUCCCAAUCAUAUACAUAUACAUAUACAUACACCCACGUGUAAGUAUUCUAUAACUAUAAUUAGGUUUUCUCCGCCAAACAGGCUGGUUAACAAUAGCCGGUGGGUGGGGGGUUUCUUCUUCUUCUUCUCAAUUCACCAGCAGCAGCAGCAGCAGCUCUGGAGUUAGGCCUCUGGCUACCCUACCCUUCUUAUGCCGUCCACCCUACGGGUUUUAAUUCAGCGUGAGACAUGGAGCAAGCGCACCUCUGGUCAGAUUAUUCCCAGAAUCAGGUUUUCUCAUUCCAGAAAGUUCUCGAUUGGCGAUCUCUCAUUCCCAGACGUUUCCCUCUUUUUUCCUUUGUUAACUCCACCUAGUGAGCAUCUUGUGUAUACAAACUAUUAAACAGGCGUAAUGCAAGUUUUUUACUAGAUGAGAUUAUGUUCUUUGCAACACUCGUUCUUUCUGAUGGAUGCCAGUCAGACUUACAAAACAAAUACCGUCUGAAGAUUUUGCAACUAAAUCCUUAUUCUCUGGAGGCUUUCGUUUCGGCUACAAAAUUUUCACUUCUAUAAGCAUAAUGAUGCCCUGCAGUUCUCAGUUCUCUUUCUCUUUUCUUUAUAAGCCUGUUCAAUGUUCGAGUGCCAUUGAUCCGGUGUUCUAUACGAAUAAGGCUAUGACGCCUAUCCAUCAGAAACAUACUGUUCUUUUUCGCACGAAUUAAGAAAGUUGAGGGUGGAUAUUUUAUAUUAUCUAGUUCUAUAUCUGUCUAAAGAUUUAAGUCCGUUGUUUCUUCUUCUUCUUUUUCGGUGUUUGUGUCUUUUACGUAAAUAAGUUGCUACGAGCAGUUGCAUACGGAGAAAAUGGAAAGGUACAAGAUAAUCAAGGAAGUUGGUAAUGGUAGCUUUGGGGUUGUAUGGCGAGCGUUAAAUAAGCAGAAUGGCGAAGUGGUUGCAAUUAAGAAAAUGAAGAGAAAGUAUUAUUCGUGGGAAGAGUGCAUAAAUUUAAGAGAAGUCAAGUCACUGCGUAAGAUGAAUCAUCCAAAUAUUGUGAAGCUUAAGGAAGUUGUCAGAGAAAAUGACAUCUUAUACUUUGUGUUUGAGUACAUGGAAUGCAGUCUAUACCAACUUAUGAAAGAUAGACUGAAGCUUUUCUUUGAAACUGAAAUUAAGAACUGGUGCUUUCAAGUGUUUCAAGGUCUUGCGUAUAUGCAUCAGCGCGGUUACUUUCAUCGUGACCUUAAACCAGAAAACUUUCUUGUUUCAAAAGAUGUAAUAAAAAUAGCUGAUUUUGGACUUGCACGUGAAAUCGUUUCUCAACCACCUUACACCGAGUAUGUUUCAACACGCUGGUACCGUGCUCCCGAGGUUCUUCUCCAAGCACCAUCAUAUGGUUCUGCAGUUGAUAUGUGGGCAAUGGGAGCAAUCAUGGCUGAAUUGUUUACGCUUCGACCACUUUUUCCAGGUUCAAGUGAAGCAGAUGAAAUACAUAAAAUUUGCAGCGUGAUAGGCAGCCCAACAAAAAACUCAUGGGCUGAAGGAAUUGAGCUUGCGAGUGGUAUCAACUAUCUGUUUCCAGAGCAGCUUGGUGGUGUAAAUCUUUCUGCAUUGGUACCAUCUGCAAGCAAGGAUGCAGUCAAUCUGAUUUCGUUGCUUUGCUCUUGGGAUCCGUGUAAGAGGCCAACAGCGUCAGAAGCUCUUCAGCAUCCUUUCUUUCAGAGCUGUUACGGUGUCCCACCAUCUCUUCGUCCUAAAUCAACUAAUAUUGCUAGGACACCUCCGUCUGUAGCAUUAAGCGGGAGGAGGGUUGCGGACCCGAAAUGCGCGAAAAAGUAUCCUGCGUUUUUGCCCAACUCAAAGCCAGCUGGCAAUAUACAUUCAUCCGCCAAAGUGCAUGCUCCUCUAAAUUCCGGCGUGCAACGCCGACUGGAAAUGAACCGACAGGAUGGGGUAAACGAAAAGACAAAUAAUAGCUCGUCAAGGAUACCAAAGUACCAACCACCCAUGAAAAAAAUUCUGAGAGGAAUGAAUAUGGGGAAGGGACAUGGAAACGGAAUUGGUGAUACGGCUGAUAAGUUGGGAAAGAUGACAAUCGGUGCGGGGAGAGGUGGUGGGACCAGGCAUCCACCACCACCACCAUCAAUGAAAGCGGGAGUGGUGGCCAGUGGCAGACCGUCAGACUUGUUUACUGGAAGGUCUCAAGUUUAUAUCAGUAAAGUGGCAGGAUGACAUCACACCUGCCUUGGAUCAUUGCCGAUUGUAUUGCUGCUUGCAAGUCGUAUCUUGUCGUCUGUCCUGGAGUGAAUGAUAUAAGUGUAUGUGUGUUCUAUAACAAGUGUCUCUGUCUGUUGGUCGCGUUUCUAUAUUAUGAAGUUGGAAGUGUUUCUAUAACUAUAGCAGUAUCCUGUUUGCCUUCAUCUUCAAUAAAUGCGUUUCCUUAAUGCCA